GCUAGCAAGAGUGCUAUCUUUCUUAGCGUGUCAUUUUGGGAUUUUCUUUAAUUUUUUAGUGAAUUUUUACAUUUUCCAGUCUCUGUUGUACUUAUCGUCAGCAUUAGAUUUAAACUUAGCUUGAACAAAUAGAUGUGCAGAUAUUUCAUUUGCAUUUUCGAGUUGGGUUUUCUGGCGCUGUGCUCUGCAAUGUGAUAGCUGUAGCUUGUUGUUAGCUUGUUGUUACCUGCGGGCAGAUUUGCUGUAAACAGCUCCUCAUUUUUGGAAGUCAUUGUUCAUAGGCAGAAAAGUUCUAUCGUAAAAGGGUGGAAAGAUCAUGCAGCUUUAUUACGGAGCUAAUUAUAUACUGCGGAUAUUAAUUGUUUUAACUUAUGCUCUCCGUGCAUUAUGAAUGAAUCAGUAACGUCAUCUGAUUUGUAAAAAGUACAUUUACCCAUUGCGUGAUAUAAAAGGUGUUCAUUGUCAAAGAGGCUAGCGUUUGUUUAAGUCAACAAACAUGGAUAAAAAGUCAUUUGACAUUGUCUUAGAUGAGAUAAGAAAGUGCGUCCUGACCGAUCAGCGCAUCAAAGCGAUAGAGCAGGUGCAUGGAUAUUUCUCCAGUGAGCAGGUGAUGGAGAUACUGAAGUACUUCUCAUGGGCUGAUCCUCAGGUCAAAGCAGUUAAAGCUCUGCAGCAUAAAAUGGUUGCAAUACCUACAACCAAAGUUGCAAAUAUCCUGAAUUGCUUCACGUUCUCAAGGGACAGAUUGGUUGUUCUGGAACUAAUAGCUUUGAACAUUUCAGAUGCUCAAAAUUACCGUCCUGUGGAGGAUCUGUUUCGCAUACACUUGUCUGAGAAGAAGCGAGCUCGCAGGAUACUGGAGCAAGUUUGUAAGGUUGGCUGCAAGGCUCCUGUAGCCAUGAUCUCCUCCUGUGGUAUGAUACCAGGGAAUCCUUACCCUAAAGGCAGACCCAGUCUGGUCACUGGCACAUUCCCCGGAAACCCUCCGAUAAAAAAAGAAGGAGAGAAGAAAGAUGAUACAUCUAACAAUAUGGAGGGGAAAGGAAUUGCUUCCCGGAUUAUUGGACCAUUCAAGCCUUUUCCUUCAACCUACAACCCUCAUCGACCUGUGCCCUACCCUAUACCGCCAUGCCGGCCCCAUGCUACCAUUGCACCAAGUGCGUACAACAACGCAGGCCUUGUUUCUGUGGGAGGGGUUAUAACAGCCAGCGUGCCCCCUCCCCCCUACAACUCCACCCACAAAGUAGCAGGUUAUGCCAAACCAGGGAAUCCACAGAACACCACUCCUGGAGUCAACAGCGGGCCCCUCCUCAUUCCUCAUGGAUCCACGCCCUCUACCCCUGUCCCACCCCAGGCUUCUCCUGCGCAACCGCCUCCCACAACUCCCAUCACACCAGUUUUCCCCGGCAUGGUGCCCUCUCACAACCCUAAUGCCCCCUCUCCCUCUCCUGCUCCAUCCCCAUCUGUCAUCAAAGCAGGACCACAGACCCCCAGUGGUCAUGCUACACCUACACCCUCAUCUGUCAUCAAAGCCCACACUCCUUCAGGCACCCCUUGUGGAACUCCUGUCCCUGGCAGUGGGGGCUUCUCCCCCUCCCCCUUCCAUGCUGUUUCCCGACCAGGCACCCCUGCUACCUCCCGCAGUGGCCCAGACCCCCUAUCUCAUAUGAACUCCAUGGGCGCAACUCAGCAGAGGGUUUUUUCCCAGUCCACAGACAACCAGUCAGGACCCACCUUCCCUGGCAUACACCCACAAGCAGGUAACCCCUCUGGGUCAGUGAUACGAAGUUACACCCCCUCUGGACCACAAUCUCUCACUCCUGGAUCUUCCACUCCAGUAAUUUCAAACUGUUCCACCCCAGGCCCCAGUCCCAAACCCUCUCCAGCUCAUUCUGCACAGGCUCAGGCUGCCAUUGCUGUGGCUGGAGCCCUGAACAGACACACUGGCGGUUGCAGCAGUGGCAGUAACAGCCCUGUGCCCUCUGCUUUUAAGGGCACCUCUCGUUCUGGCACUCCGUCUGUUAGCUCUCUGGUGGUCCCAGGUUGUGCGCAGGCCGCCCUGGCACGUUCCUUGGGUCUGUCACACCCCUCAGGUUCCCCUCAAGUCUCUCUCCCUAGUCCUGUUGCUAUUACUGGCCUCCAAGCUCUAUCUUCCAGCCCAGCUCCUUCUCAUUAUCCUGGCUUGUCCCCUUUCCCCUCCCUUUCUUCCUCUCUCCCUCCUUCCACCAUCCCUUCAUCCAUGCCCACGAUGCCUCCUACUACCAACAUUUCUAACCACCCAACAACCUCCAUCUACCCAGGCUUGGCUACCAACUCUGCGCCCAGUGCAGCUUCCCCUUUUGGUCUAGGCCUCACUUCUGCUCCUUCUAUAUUCCCAGGCCUUCCGCCUGGCCCUAGCCCCGCUGCCUUCCCAGGACUGGGUGUGUCAGGGGGGCACGGUGCGGGGAGCCCUGUAUUGUCUUCAUUCAUGGGACUACCAGGUGCCACUCCAACUUCAGUUGCAUCAGUGGCGCCACUGCAGGCAGCUGCAGCCGCAGCAGCCGCAGCAGCUGGGGUUCCAUCAUCAUCACCAGUUUUACCAGGCUUUGCAUCUGCCUUCAGCUCCAAUUUCCAGCCUGGGUUGAGCAGUGGACUCCAGCCCCCAGGAAGCAGUGGGUUCCCCAGCUUGCUGUCCUUCCCUGGUGUACCAGGUUUCUCUUCCUCUGCCUCCCCCGCUACCCUUGGUGGCCUCCACAACCCAACCAUGCAGUCUGCCCUGCUACAGGCUCAUCCCACAUCUGCUUUGGAAAGCUUUCCUCCUCAGCCCAACAGCUUUACCAACUACCCUCCAGGUCCAGGAAACCCCUUCCCCCUCCAACCAGGCCUGCACCCCCAGUUGGGUUGGCAGUAAAACCCACAGUUCACUUUGAAACAUUGAGUAGACUCAAAUGCUGACCCCUUAUCUUAAACCCUGCCCUGUUUCGUGUUUUGGCCUUGAACCUUACAGAGCACAGGACAACAGAUAGAGUGUUCAGUACUGUGUAUGUUACAGCCAGAAUGACUUACCACAAUGGGGAACAUUACCAUAAAAAACACUUGAAAUAGUGUGUGGGGGAGAAGACAUAUUUGUUAUAUUAUUCAUAGUGAACUGUUGUAAAUAUCAGUUGUUUUAGGUUUAAAAAUAGACUGUGACUGGUUUUUAAUGUUAUCUGGACUAUUUUUAAUGAAGAUUAUCAACAUUUAUUAGUGAAUAAUGAAUUAUAGAAAAUUUGAAAAAUUUACAUGAUAUCAUGUAAUGACCUGAUGGUAUCCUCAUGUAGUAUUUUAUGUCCAAUCUCAGUAGAAAGAACAUGCUUAUGAUACUCAUUGAGUAUCCUGAAUUGAAUAUUGUAUUAUGAAAUUAACUUUUUUGAGUCACAUUUUGAAGCGGGCACACCAUGAAUAUUUUAAAUCAUUGUUCUGUGUCUGGGAGGCUCGGGGUGUUGUCUACAAAACUUGCAUUUGGCAGCUCCGCUGAUGUUUGUGUUAUUUUCAGUGAACUUUCACUUGUGGCUGUCAGCAGUUUACUGUGAUUUACAUUUUGUAUGUUUACAACGUUCUUUUGACAGUGCUAGUAAUGUCAUUAGGGUAUUUGACCAAACACACUGUAUGCAGAUGUUUCUGAGAACAACGCUAAGCAUUUUUCGAAUGAUAUGUGGACUUGAGGUGUAUAACGUCUUUAUUCUUCAAUAAUGCUUUGCAACAUAGUAAAAACUGUAAUUUUCCUUCAUUUACUGUACACCUCAAUUAGUACUCUACCCACCAGGGAUUCACUCAGAGACAGUUACUUUAUUUUUAGAGUAAUAGACAUUUUGUUUGUUACACUGUGUUGUUUUGGUUUGUUUUGCCUUUUUUUUUUUGUAUUUGCAGCUGUUUUAUUAUUUUGUCAGUAAACUGCCGGUUGCUGUAGCUGUUUCUGUCUCUCUGUGCUAUGCAGUGCCAUUGCUAUUGGGCAGCCCUCUUAAAUCUGUUACUGAAAUUGGACAAAAUAAUGAGAAUGCCUGAUAGAAAAGAGGUUAAAUGUAUUUUAGUCACAGUUACAAAGACAGCGAGACAUGCAGAUCGUAGAGUUGAGGCCAGGCUGUUAUUUGCUUUUAAAGAGCUGGAACAACUUUCACCUAUUUAUGUGACUUUUCACAAAAUGUGCCUAGAUCAAAAAGAGUUUAAUAGUCUGGUAAAUUGCAAGUGCUUUGGUUUAAAAAAACAAAAAACAUUUAUGUCGUAAAGGGACAUCCCCAUGGUAUAAUGGUCACACCUCUACUUCGUAUCAGCAAAGGAAAGGUAAAAAGGUCCAGGUUUGUGGUCAGUGAAAGACUCAACUAAUACAAUAGUUGCUAUAUAUUACAAAUUGCAUCUUCAAAAAGGAACAAAUAAUUUAAUCUGUUGAUCUGCUGAUGUUGGGUUGCAUGAGUACAAACGGUGUAAGGGAGAUGACAUAUAUAGAUGACAUUAUGAAUGGAAGUAUGUAUACCCACAUACUGAAUGGAAAGAUGACUUCCAGUCUCAAGAAACUUGGCAAGGCAGGAAUUUUCCAAUAUGACAAAGGUUCCAUCGCAUUGUGAAAAUCACAUGAGUAUGUAAAGAACAAAACGGUGAAAACUGGCCGAGCAUGUCCCCUGAAUUGAAUCCAUUAGAAAAACCUUUGGAUUGUUUUAAAGCAGAAGUUAGAGCAAAAAAACCAUUCCAGCAAAGACCAGCAGAAAAGAAUCAUCUGUGAAGAAUGGGCAGAACAUAUCUGCACAAGUUUGUGCAAGACUGGUAUCCAUGUCCAGGAGGAUCGAAUCUGUCAUCAAAAAUAAAGGUGGAUAUAAAAAAUAUACCCCCCCCCC